UCUAACGGGGUAUGAUGACCUCAUCCUCAACCAAUGGUAGGGCUUUCCGGUGCCGGGCCCCGCCCCUGUCCAGUGGGCGAAGGCGGCAGUCUGCGGAGCACGCUACCCCUCCGGGCGGUGGCUGCCGGCGAGGUCUGGCCGGUGCGCUGAGCUCCAGGCUGUGGUGAGGACGGUGUUUGCUCGGUUCCUCCUCCAUCUUCCCAGGUGAGGAGCCCUCUCCUCUCCCGGCCCCAGCCCGGCCUGCGCUGACCGUUCUCCCACGGGACAGUGCACCUUGAGUGCGGGGCACUGGAGGCUGCACGCGCGGCUUUCGGAGUCCUAGCCGGGACCCGGGCCUCUGACCGCAGAAACCAGCCGAGUUGGGCCAAGGUGCGUUCGAGCACAGGCCUCGGAGCUCGUGUCCUCUUGGGUUAACCCGAGCAGGGAGGGCCGGCUCCCUCCACCUGCUGGCUGCGUCCUGGCGGUUGCUCAGCUCUGCGCUGUCUUGGGAUGCGGUCUCCUCCCCACUCUCCUUCCCUCUGCUCGUGCCUCGCUCACGGAGGCCUUGGCCGGCCCCUCCCCAGUGGCUGGCUCUGAGGCCGCCAUGAGGUGCGAGCCCCUUCCUCUUCACAGCCACUGCUGUUAUCUUUGGUCCUCUGUGUCACAUUCUGCUGAGGGAGGACGGAGCCCUCCCCCACGAGAGGGCUGGGUCACCCUGCUCUCCUUAAUCUGACUCUACCUAAGGUGGUGCUGACUGUGCCAGUUGCAGCCUCUUCUGCUCAGACCCCAGCCACAGGGAAGCCAUGAGCCUGGUAGCCUGUGAAUGCCUGCCUAGCCCAGGCCUGGAGCCCGAGCCCUGCUCACGACCACGAUCCCAGGCCUGUGUUUACCUGGAGCAGAUUCGCAGCCGGGUGGCUACAGGAGCACCUGACAUGACCAAGUGUGACUACCUGGUGGAUGCGGCCACACAGAUCCGGCUGGCCCUGGAGCGUGAUGUUAGCGAGGACUAUGAGGCAGCCUUCAACCACUACCAGAAUGGUGUGGACGUGCUGCUCCGCGGUGUACACGUUGACCCCAACAAGGAGCGGCGUGAGGCGGUAAAGCUGAAGAUUACCAAGUACCUGCGGCGAGCCGAGGAGAUCUUCAAUUGCCACCUGCAGCGGAGUCUGGGUAGCGGAUCCAGCCCUGACACGGGUUUCAGCAGCCUACGGCUUCGGCCCAUCCGCACACUGAGCUCUGCCCUGGAGCAGCUGCGGGGCUGCCGGGUGGUCGGGGUCAUCGACAAGGUGCAGCUGGUGCAGGAUCCAGCAACUGGAGGGAUCUUCGUGUUGAAGAGCCUGCCCAGGUGCCAUGUGGCAAGCCAGGAGCGGCUGACUGUCAUCCCACAUGGGGUCCCGUACAUGACGAAGCUGCUACGGUACUUUGUGAGUGAAGACUCCAUCUUCUUGCAUCUGGAGCAUGUGCAAGGAGGCACCCUCUGGUCCCACCUGCGCUCCCAGGUGCACCCCCAGCAUUCUGGCCUCAGGUCUGGCUCCACUCAGAAGACAAGGGCCCAGCUAGACACCUGCCUCGGCCUCCUGACCCCAGCACGGCUCCCCCAGGGCCACACCUUCAAGCGGGAAAGAAUCCCUGUGGAGCAUCCUCGAACUUCUCAGAGCCUUCCCCCAGCCACCCCAGCCAGGGAGGCCCUGUCCCUCAGGCCCCAGGGAAAGCCUGAAUGUGAAUCCAUAUCCAGGACCAGUGCUUCCUGCUCCUCGGACCUCACAAAAGCCUCAAGUGGUCCAUUGCACCUGCAAGCCAGGCGGGCUGGCCAGAGCUCGGACACUGGGCUCCCCCAGGGGCUCCCUUGGGUUCGUGAGGGGGCCAGCCGGGUACUGGGGGGCUGUGGCCAAGGCAGAGGUCAUAGCCCCCCAGCAGUGGACAGGUCAAGUGUGGUGUGUGGCGGGGCUGUCUGGAGUGUGAGGGAGGAGCAGGUGAAGCAGUGGGCAGCUGAGAUGCUGGUGGCACUGGAGGCGCUACAUGAGCAAGGGGUACUGUGCCGGGACCUCAACCCCCGGAACCUGCUCCUGGACCAGGCAGGUCACAUCCGGCUUACAUAUUUUGGCCAGUGGUCAGAAGUGGAGCCACAGUGCUGCAGGGAGGCUGUGGACCGUCUAUACAGCGCCCCAGAGGUGGGUGGGAUCGCUGAGCUGACUGAAGCCUGUGACUGGUGGAGCUUUGGCUCGAUACUGUAUGAGCUGCUGACAGGAAUGGCACUGUCCCAGAGCCACCGUUCAGGAUUCCAGGCCCAUACCCAGCUCCAGCUGCCGGAGGAGCUUAGUUACCCAGCAGCCUCCCUGCUGACUGAGCUGCUGCAGUUUGAUCCUGUGAGGCGCCUGGGGGCCAGAGGAGGUGGCGUCAGCAAACUCAAGUCCCACCCCUUUUUCAGUACCAUCCAGUGGAGCAGACUGGUGGGGUAAGAGGGGCAGAGUGGGCAAUGGAAAACCACUGGCCUGUUCUGGGUCUCCGCCUCCUAUUACCCACGGCUGGUCCCUCUGAUCAGUGAGCUUCAGGCCUUUCCUGCUCAGCUCCAUUCGGGCCUCAGAAGCAAUUACUGCCACUGUUCCAAGAGGAAAAGCUACAAGGGAAGGACAGCAAGGCUCACCCUUUCCACCCAUGACAACAGAUAAGACACCCAUUGAGGAUGUACCUAGUUAACUCCUACAGACCUACCACAUUCAAGGGUACCGCUUUCUGUCGCACUAGCUCUGAACUGACCACCUGCUGAGCCUACCUCAAGGUUUUGUGACACAUUCACUGCCACGCUGUGCCCCACUUUGGACAUCUCUGGAGACUGGUCUCAGGAGACUGAUCCACUAGCUCAGUGGACCCAAACCAGGGCUGUCCUGGCCUAGUUGUGACGAGUGGCCUGUUUGCACCAGAGGCUGUCCCCCAGGGACAAAUCUGGAGAGUGGGGUGGGUGGGGGAGAGAUGAUGCACUCUCCACUCCUGCCCAGAACCCCUAUCUUAAAAAUUCAGACUUUAGAGAGCAAAAAAGGGGAGGGGGGAAGAAAGGCACAAUUUUGCCACUGAGAGCAAGUGUGAAGAGAAUAUAGAGCUUCCUUCCUCAGCUAGCCCAUCUGUGUCAGGAGAACCUGGCCCACUGGCUGAAGGAGCUAAGGCAGGUCAUGCUGAUUAGGAUUUCCCUCUCAGAUCUCUUCACCUUUCUGCAUUUGGGUCUCAAGGUUCUACUCAAUUCACUGACCACUGUGACCUCACCCUCUUUCCGAAUGACAU